GUGCAUGAAACCGUAUCAAGUGGAAAUCCUCACAUUUCAGAGAUCAUCGAAAUCCACAAGCUACGCAGAUCUGCUCAAUUCACCGGGAUCCCUGACCGAUCAGUCAUCCCGUUUGUAUAUUUCCGGAGCCGGUUCUGGGACCGCAACGAAUAACGGCACACCCGGUAUAAAUGUGAUGCAAAUAAGUGAUCGCCUUGAACUCUGUCUCGGAUCGAAAAUGGAAAGAGACCCGCUUAUACGCGGGUACAUGUCAACCAGUGUGCCACGAGUGGAACUGAUUCUCAAAACUGCCGUUUUGAACAAUUCACAAUUCGGUGAACCGGCAACGAACAAACCAGUUGCAUCAGAUUCCGUGAACUCAAACCUUGCUAUCGAAUACAGUUUUGUUACAGGUAUGAGAGCUUUUAUUCCGUAUUUGACGCGUAUCCAUCUGUGUCAAUAG